AUCUUGUUUUCCACAAAUAUUAAUAAAGCUUUGUCUCAAGCUUUGCCACGAGCUCCUCUCCCAAGUGUAACAUCUUCUGCUGCUCCCACAGACACGGAGGGGCUGCUGAGGAUCAAGGAGGAGAACCAGAAGCAUUACCGGCGGGCCCAGCGGCACCAGGAGAAGAAGGAGAAGAUCCAGAGGCACAACCGCAGGCUGGGGGACCUGGUGGAGAAGAAAACCUACGAGCUGAAAACCCAGUACGAGCACCUGGCAAACCUGCGCAGGACACACAUCCUGGAGCUCACCUCGGUCAUCUUCCCCAUCGAAGAAGUGAAGACAAGCAUGAGAGACCCCGCGGACGCGUCGUCCGAGAGCGACAGCGCCAUGACCUCGAGCACUGUGAGCAAGCUGGCCGAAGCCCGCAGGACCACCUACCUCUCGGGCAGGUGGGUGUGUGACGACCACAACGGGGACACCAGCAUCAGCAUCACGGGGCCCUGGAUCACCCUCCCCAACAACGGGGACUACUCGGCCUACUACAGCUGGGUGGAAGAGAAGAAGACCACGCAAGGACCUGAUAUGGAGCACAAUAACCCUGCUCAUACCAUCAGUGCUGCAUUGUGCUAUGCAACUCAGCUUGUUAACACUUUGUCUCUCAUACUUGAUGUAAACCUUCCCAAGAAGCUCUGCAACAGCGAGUUCUGUGGAGAGAAUCUCAGCAGACACAGGUUCACACGGGCAGUGAAGAAGCUGAAUGCUAAUAUCCUUCACCUUUGCUUCUCUCAGCAUGUAAAUUUAGAUCUGCUGCACCCACUGCAUACCCUCAGGAACCUUAUGUACCUGGUCAGCCCGGACACUGAGAACUUGGGCAGGUCCGGGCCUUUCGAAAUCAGCGCCGACCUCGAGGACUCCAUGGAGUUCGUGGAUCCCAGCGCCGCCGGCGAGACGGACGAGAGCGGCGACGAGCGCGUGAGCGACGAGGAGACGGACCUGGGCACGGACUGGGAGAACCUGCCGAGCCCCAGGUUCUGCGACAUCCCCUCGCAGCAGGUGGAGAUGCUGCAGAGCCAGAGCACCCAGGCGUCCCAGCCCAUCGCCAGCAGCAGCGCCGGCGGGAUGAUCUCGUCGGCCGCCGCCUCGGUGACCUCGUGGUUCAAGGCCUACACCGGGCACCGCUAACCGGGGACAAAGGGGCGCAGGAGCCGUGGAAGGCACCCCCUCCCCGACAGUGCUGUAGGAAACCUUACAUAUUCAGUUUAGUAGUGCCUGGAACAAAGAAAAGGUCAAGGACUUUUCGUUUUGUAAACCG